GCCAGGAUGAGCCGGAGUCAGCUGCUACUGAGUGUUACUCUCCUGAGUCUCAUCGCUGGGGGGAUAGCAGAGCCACAAUACGCGCUCUCCAUCCCGGCCCUGCUGAAGAGCGAGCAGAAUGCCACGGCGUGCGUUAACUUUGUGCGAAUGAAUGAAACUGUGGCCCUUGAGGUGGUUAUGGGGGUCUUCAAUGAAAACUACACUAUCUUCAACGAGCAAAUUCCCACCGGGGACACCUUCAAGUGCAGCCCUUUCCAGGUGCCCCGGUUAAAAUCGGCCGCUCCGGUCUUUGUGACUCUCGUGGCCGCCGGACAGACCCUCCGCUUCGAUGAGCGCCGCUCCGUGGUGAUUGAUGUCAUGGGGGACAUCCACGUCGUAAACCUGGACAAACCGAUCUACAAAGCUGGGGAUCUGGUGCGGGGCCAGAUCAUUGCCUUGGAUAACCGACUGCAACCGGUGGAAGAAAACUACACGGCUGUUCAUGUGUUGGAUCCCUCCGGGAACCGCAUGCACCAAUGGCUGAACCUUGGAUCCGUUCGCGGGAUCGCCUCCUUCCAGUUCUCCCUGCUCAGCGACGCCGAGGUCGGCAGCUACCGGAUUGAAGCUCAGUGGGGAUCGACUGACCGCGCCGCCCAAAGCUUCACGGUUGAAGAAUACGUGCCACCGAAAUUCAGGAUGUCCGUGGAAUCUCCGUCCACGAUAACCGUGCUGGACCAGACGAUGACGUUUAACAUAUCGGUCAUGUACAUGUACGGCCAGGGGGUUCCUGGGGCCCUCAGCGGCAGGGUGUGCAGGCAGUAUUCCUCCUACUCCUACGCUGGAAAUCCCUGCUACCGAGACCCGGACGGCAUUUGUGUCUCCGUCACGGGACAACUUGGUCCCGACGGGGUGUUCAACGGAACGACCGAUCUCUCUCCUUUCCAACUCGACCGCUCUGGGCUUGCAAUGACGCUGCGUCUUCAGUUCACCCUGACGGAGGAGGGAACAGGCGUUCAGCUGACCGAGACCAAGAACGUCUUUAUCAGCCGCCAAGUCGCGCGCGUUGCCUUCGAUAGAGACGCGAUGCUGCCGUUCUACAAACGGGGAAUUCCUUACAGAGUUCGGAUGAACUUGCUGAGCGCUGAUGAUCGGCCGAUCGCUAACGAGACCGUGGAGCUGCUUCUGAACGGGCAGAACGUCUAUAACGGGACGAGCGCUCAGGACGGCGGCGUGGAGCACGAGAUCGAUACGGCCGAACUCCUGCAGCCCGACUUCCAGAUCCAGGCCGUAUACAGGAACCAGGACCAAUGCAACGACAACAACUGGGUGACCCCAACCUACACCGGCGACUUCUACUCCGUCAGACGCUUCUACUCUCGGACUGGAAGCUUCAUUCAGGUGCGAGGUUCCCGCGCGGAGCUGGCGUGCGGAGGGAAUCAUAACGUUAGAGUGCAAUACUCGUUCAGCCGACAGGGAGUGGAGAGCAGCAAUGGACGGCUGUCGGUGUAUUACCUGGUGCUUUCAAGAGCUCAGAUUGUUCAAAAUGGCGCACACAGUCUGGACGUGAGCAGCUCGCUGCGCGGUGAAUUCAACCUGAGUUUCAGCGUCUCGGCAGACCUGGCUCCUGCCGUCGAUGUUGCUGUUUACAGUAUUCUGGACACGGAAGUCGUUGGUGAUACCGUGAAGCUGGAUGUAGAGAAAUGCUUCAAAAAUAAUGUUUCCAUAUCCUUCUCGGUCGACGAGGCGAUUCCCGGGUCCAAUGUUACGCUGGAGGUCUCUGCGGCCCCCAGAUCCCUGUGCGGACUUCGGGUCGUUGACUCCAGCCUCCUGCUGCUUAAUCAGAGAGAGUAUCUGACGCCUGAAAGUGUCUAUAAUUCCUUGCGAUACAAUAGUCUGGGGGGCUACUACUUUGCGGGGUACAACGUUGCUCCCCCAUCUCCGCCGUGCAUUGACCCAAACCAACAGAUCUUUGUGAACGGUUUGUAUUACCAGCCCAUCAGCUACUUUGGGGAAGGAGACACCAGCCAAGCGUUCAGUAGGGUCGGUUUGGUUUUUGCUUCAAACGCCUCCAUCUAUAAACCAGAGGUGUGCGGAGGAGGAAAUUUCCGCCCAGGACCUGUGGGACCCUUUUCAACGGUGGCAUUCGCGAGAGAGGACGUAUUUGUUUCAUCAGCUGGAGCAUCUGUAUCCGCUGACGUCAUCACCACGGAAAGAGUGAACUUCCCAGGUGUCUGGCAUUUCAGUCUCUCGGAAGUUGGGGACGAUGGUUCUGCGUCCGUGCCGGAGGUCGUCCCCGGCACCAUCACCCAGUGGAAAGGCACCGGCUUCUGCGUCUCGGAGGAGGCAGGCUUUGGGAUGACCACUCGAUCCUCUUCUGCCAGCUUCACCUCCUCCUUGCCGUUCUUCGCAGACAUUACGUUGCCUUAUUCCAUAGUCCGCGAGGAGUCCUUUCUCCUUCGAGGAUUUGUAUCCAACUACCUGCCGCAAUGUAUCAGGACUCGAGUUGAGUUGGCCUCUUCUGAGGAGUUCACCGCGGAGCUCCAAGAGGGAAAUCAGGACACCUGUACCUGCACCGGGCAGAGAGCUUCCUAUUCCUGGCGAAUAAACGCGAGUGCCAUAGGGGUGAUCUCCAUCAAUCUCACGGCUUGGACCACAUCCAUUGGGGACACCUGCGAUAGCAGCAAUGACCCGACUCAGUCGCCUCGCAGGGACACCGUGGUGCAGACGCUCAUAGUGGAGGCUGAAGGAAUUGAAAAUGAAAUUACGUUCAGCAGACUCGUCAACGUCCAAGGUCGUAAUGUUCAGAUCCCGGUCCGUAUCACCCCUCCGAACAACGUGGUUCCCGGGUCAGUCAGGUCAAAUGUGAUUGUAAUUGGAGAACCUAUGGGGCUGGCCGUGAAUUUUCUGGAGUCUCUGAUCCGGUUGCCCACGGGCUGCGGCGAGCAGAACCUGGCCAUGCUGAUGCCGAUACCGGCUGUGCUGAAUUAUCUGAACCAGACCAAUCAGCUGACCGACGAGACGCUGGCUCGGGCGACUCGCUACAUGGAAAUCGGCUAUAUCCGCCAGCUGCAAUACAUUCGCCCCGACGGGCUGUCCAGGGUGUUUGGAAGCGGGAAUUCCCCGACCAGCACGUGGCUGACCGCUAAGAUGUUCUGGACUUUCGAACAGAUUAAGCCCUACGUCUUUGUGGAUGACGGCAUCCAGAACCGAGCCCUGCAAGUCAUCGAGCGAUCCCAGGACAGGAACACCGGCUGCUUCAAGCCACAGGGGAUGAUAUUUAACAGCGCACUGACGGGCGGCGCUGAAGAUGACGUUAGUUUCACCGGAUUUGUUGUUGCGAUGUUGCUGCAGUCCAACUACCCAGGAGGGCAAACGCUGCUGCGGGGGGCGAUCGGCUGCCUGGAAGCCGCCUCCAGGACCAACCAGAGUCUUUAUAAUCGGGCUUUGAUGUUCUACGCGUUCCGCGUCCUCGGAAAUGAAGAGCGCAGCAAUGCCCUGUUUCAGCAGCUGCAACAAGAGGCCGUCGUCGACGAUGGCUCCAUUCACUGGGAGCGUGCGGAAAAACCAAACCCAAGUCCCACUCCUUUCUUCGACUCGCCUUCCGCGUCGGCGGAGAUCGAGAUCACCGGCACCGUCCUGCUGGCUUUAACUCAUCGCCGAUCGCCUUUAACUCAUCGCCCGGCGCCAUCGGAUGCUGACAAAAGCUACAUUGCUCAGAUCUCCCUGUGGCUGGCACGACAGCUGAACUCGCGCGGAGGAUUCCGCUCCACCGCGGACACGGCCGUGGCUGUGCAGGCUCUCGGCGCCUUCGGCAGCCUCGUAUUCACCGAGAACGCGACUCACCGGGUCCAGGUGUCGUCCGGCAACCAGGCUGUAGCGACGUUCAACGUGACCCGUUCCAACCGGCUUCUGCUGCAGACGCAGCCGCUGGAGGACGGAGCCGGCGACUACACCAUCGACGUCAGAGGGACCGGCAGCGUCUUGGUGCAGGUGGCAACUCGGUACAACGUGCCGGUAUCUGAAGAAGACUCGGCCUUCGCGUUGUCGGUGAACACGUCGGACAGCUGUGUGAACGGCGUGGCGUACAGCUUCACGGUCACGGUCGGUGUCAGUUACCAUGGCAGCAGAAAUCGCUCAAACAUGGCGAUCGUAGACGUGAAAAUGCUGUCUGGAUACACCCCGGAACGUUCCUCUCUUGUUCAGCUGAGGACGACGGUCUCUAAAGUAGAAGAAAGAAAUAACCACCUGAUUCUGUAUCUGAGCUCAGUCUCCAACCAAACAGUCUACCUGUCCUUCAACCUAGAGAUGCAAAGCCGGGUCCUCAACUUCCAGCCGCAGUCCGUUAACGCCUACGAUUACUACGAGACGGAUGAGAACGGCAUCGCCACGCUGCGCCACCCCUGCUCUGCGUGAGGAAUAUUUUGUAAUCCGGAUCUGGGGCUUUCUCUCCGUUCUCUGCAGUUCUACUACCUGCCCCAGUGCCUUUUACCCCCCCCCCCCUUCAGCUGUGAGGGCCGAGCGCGGACUGCAAUCAUCCGGCUGUGCUUUCCCGUCACAGAACGUUCUCAUAUAUUCCUGUCUCCAUUAAUAAACAGUUUACCUUUUUAAUGGUUCA